GCUCUUCUCCUCCAUCUCAAAGAUCCAGCAGACGAAAACAGAUUCUCCUACUUCCCAAUCCUUCCACCCAAGAUGGAAAGAAGGGUUUCUCCAAUGUCCACUCUUCUGUUUAUUGCAGCUCUCGUUGCUUCUCUUUGCUCAUCAUCUCAAGCAGAUGAAUCGAAAGGCACAUUCGAAGACAAUUUCAAUAUAAUGUGGUCUGAAGACCAUUUUAAGACCUCCGAAGAUGGCCAAAUCUGGUAUCUCUCCUUAGACAAAGAAACAGGUUGUGGAUUUCAAACGAAGCAGAGGUACAGAUUCGGGUGGUUUAGCAUGAAGCUCAAGUUGGUGGGAGGCGACUCUGCCGGUGUUGUGACAGCUUAUUAUAUGUGCACGGAAAAUGGGGCUGGGCCGACGAGAGAUGAGCUAGAUUUUGAGUUCUUGGGGAAUAGAACAGGGCAGCCCUACCUCAUACAGACCAAUAUCUACAAAAAUGGGACUGGAGGCCGUGAGAUGAGGCACAUGCUUUGGUUUGAUCCCACUGAGGACUUCCACAGCUAUUCUGUCCUUUGGAACAACCACCAGAUUGUGUUUUUUGUGGACAAAGUUCCGGUAAGGGUAUUCAAGAACGCGGAUUAUGCAAACAAUUUCUUCCCCAAUGAGAAGCCAAUGUACCUGUUCUCGAGCAUAUGGAACGCCGACGAGUGGGCCACGAGGGGCGGGCUCGAGAAAACGGACUGGAAGAAAGCACCAUUUGUGUCAUCCUACAAGGACUUCAGUGUUGAUGGUUGCCAAUGGGAAGACCCUUACCCUGAAUGUGUAUCAACCACCACCAAAAACUGGUGGGAUCAAUAUGACGCUUGGCACCUCUCAGAUGACCAGAAAAUGGACUAUGCUUGGGUGGAGAGAAACCUUGUUAUAUAUGAUUAUUGCAAGGACAGUGAGAGAUACCCAACCUUGCCUGAGGAGUGUUCAUUGAGUCCAUGGGAUUGAUUGAUGAACAUGAGAUCAAUUAUUUUCAAUUUUCUUAGUUCAUAUUAUAUAUAUAUAUAUAUAUAUAUAUAUUUGAAUCAUAUAUUGUAUUUUUUAUAAUUUUAUAAAUCGUUAAUGAUUAGGAUUGAA